AGACGAACAGCGCACGCUACAAAAGUUUCUAAUCGAGUAAAAAGAAUAAUACAAAAAGAAGAGAGACCGAAAGUCGAGUUGAGUUGCAUGUGAAAUGCAUUUUUAAAUCGCAGCGAACAGUUCAGUGAACGUAAGCAAACGGUAAAGAACAACUGUGCACACACAAAUAGAAACGUCUAGAAAACAGAAGAAGCGGAAGUCGAACGUAGCGAAUUGUUUUGAUUAGAAAUCCGAUUUUUGUUGCAAUUUUUUUUGGGUUCUCGAUUUGUGGCUGUGUUCGUUACAUACACAUACAUAUAUAUAUUUUUUUAUUGUGCUUAAAAACGUAAACAACAAGAACAACGAAAUGGCUUUCAUGAUGCCGGUUAUGAAGAACAACUAUGAUAUCUAUAAGGACACGCGCUCCCGUAGCCGCAAAACGUCCGAGUGCUCCAAUGUGAGCAGCGGCAACGGGACCACAGCGCUGGCCAGUGCUUUGGGCACACCGGGUCAGCAGGCGCCGCAGCAGCAGCAGCAACGUCGACGCAAGGUGUCCGAAUGCAAGUCGGAGAGUUUUGCGACGUCGCCGUCGCACGGCCAGUUGGGCCCCCAUCGCAUGCAGAUGCAGCGUUGCCAUAGUUCCCGCGGCUUCACGCGCAACACUUCCCGCAGCUCCCACGGCGGCUCCAUGGUGCAAAUGUCGCAGGGCAUUAUGAUGUCGCCGACGCGUUCGAGUCCGCCCAGCCGCACGCAGACCGCCUCGGCGCUGGAGCGUCAAGCGGCCGCACAGGCUGCCGCGCAGUCGGCAGCAGCGCAGGCCGCAACGGCAGCGGCCACGGUGCAACAGCAUCGGACGGAGCAGAGCAACAACGAUUAUACUAAAUUCCAUUUGCGUUUGGUCGACAAGCUACGCAAGUCCUUUCGCAAGGACAGCGGCAAGCGGUCAUGAGAACGCGUCUCACAC